UACUGCUGCCUAUAUAUGAUCAAAAUAGUCUAGGUGGGGUUCUCUCAUUGUCUCCUCUUUACAAGGAUUUUGAAACAAAAUACACAUUUACCCUGGGCAGAUGCCUACCUACAGUUUCGAUCAAAUCAAUGAAAUAAAGAUAGCUAGGAGACCAGAGUUGCCUAACCUUUUUCACCUGCACUGGUCUGAAAGCGCAAUAUUUUGGGCCUAUUCUAUGGGGAGAUUGUCUCGCCAAGCCAGACCUAUCAAGUCGGUGCAGACGAAGAAAAUGAGAGGAAGUAAUAGACUUUAGACUCUUGGAAUGAUACACCCUCUGGUUAAAGUGUAUUUGGAGGCGUGCAGCUGUUAAACUUAUCCAUUUCUCUCCGUGAAAUCAGCACAGGUCUACUCUAGUAAGUAAUGGAGAUUCCAGUAUUCACUGUUGAUGCGUUUACCAACUUACCUUUCAAAGGAAAUCCUGCAGCAGUUUGUCUGCUUUUACAUGAAUUGCAGGAUGAUAUGUACCAGAACGUUGCUGCUGAGAUGAACCUGUCAGAGACUGCCUUCAUCAUACGGCUGAAUUCAAAAGACGACUUCAGCUCAGGAGCACGCUUUCGUUUGCGUUGGUUCACCCCCACCACUGAGGUUCCUCUGUGUGGCCAUGCCACCCUGGCUUCAGCUGCAGUACUGUUUUACAAAAAAAAAAAUGUCAACUCAACAGUAGUAUUUGAGACAUUGAGUGGAGAGCUGUAUGUGCGACAACAAGGGGAAUCUAUAGUGAUGGAUUUUCCCCUGAACAAACCUACUCCUGUGGGUCUUAAUGAAUUUAAAGACAUAGUUAAGGCUGCUGUGGGAGACCAGCCAGUUCAAGAAGUGUGCCUCUGUGCCAUCACCAAAAUGCUCAUGGUGCGCCUUGCUGACAGUUGUGACAGGUCAGUGCUCACAUCCCUGCAGCCAGACCCAGCAGUUCUGCUUCGUGUAGACACUGGCGGGAGGGUUAGGGGUCUGCUUGUCACCAUGAUUGGAGACCCUGGCUGUCAGCCUGGCUAUGCCUUCUGCUCCAGAACCUUCUUCCCCUGGUUCGGGGUUCCUGAGGACCCUGUGACUGGCUCUGCGCAUACUGUCCUUGCAGGCUACUGGUCAGAGAAACUUGGCAAGAAAAAGAUGCUGGCCUAUCAGUGCUCUAGCCGUGGUGGGGAGCUGGAGCUUGAGCUACUGGAUGAUGGCAGGCUCAAUAUCGCUGGCCAGGCGGUAACCGUCCUGCAGGGGAUUCUCACUGUGUAGAGACUAUGCUGUUUACUCAGAACUAGCCAAAUGUAUAACAGGAGCAUAGCAAUUAAAUGUUAAAAAAAUCCUCUGACUGUCUACAAA